GUCAAAAUUAAAAACACAUGUGCAGAUCUUUUCACAUUUUUCUCUUACAGUUUCUCCUUCCAUCAUGUCAGAGAUCAUGCUUGUAUCAUAGGACACCACAUCCAUGAUCUCAUGGUUUGAUAUUUCAGGGGGGGGAUUCAAGCGGUUCGAAUCUCUCAAACAGAACAUUCAGUUCCCAGCAAAAAAAUAGACACACUCCUGUCUCUGUUUCUGUUACCCCCUUUUUCUCUCCACCCCUAACAUACAGAAGAUAUAAAAAUGGAGAGAGAAAGACUCAAUGCCCUUCACUCCAUUUCCUCUUAUUCAGUCUUGCCGUGGUCGGAUGCUCCAGCUUGUGAGUAAUUUGUAUGUUUAUGCAAUUAUGUCAUUAUGCAGGAGUGGUUAAUGCAUGAGGGUGGCAAUGCAGUUUUGUCUUAAAAUAAAGAAUUAAAUAGAUGCAAAUCCUUAUUGUGUGGCCUUUACAAACUUUACAAAGUUCAGGCCAAAUGUGCUUUUGAAAUUUGUGUCUUUGAUGGAUUUAAGGGGUUUUAAAGAGUUCUUACUUUUGUUGCAGAAUCAUGAGCAGAAACUUCUUGUCCAGAAACGAUGAGCUCCGCAGAGGAGACUACCUGAUGUCCAACAACGGGGAGUGGAAGGCUGUUUUCCAGGUGAGAAAUACUGAAAGAAAAACACACACAGAACAUGAUGUAAAUACUUGAACGUACAUUUAUACAUUUACAAAUGAAAACUAAGUUUGAAGUCAGAGCUAAACAUGGGCGAAGUUUCAUAUUGUAAAGUUAACAUGUGUUGCAGUAAUCCCGGGAGACCUGCAGCUGCUGUGAAUGCUGUGAAGAUUUAAGAGAGUAAUAAACGUAGUAGUCUCCAAAAAGAGACACCCUGCUCUCCUCUUGUUGCUGGGGAUCGUUUUUGUCUCUUUUUUAUUAACUCUUCCAGUCAGAUUUGAGGUCCAAAACCAUCACAUAUUCAUAAUGUGUCAUUGGCAACAGUGGAUAAGGCCUCUGGAGGGCUUGGAAGUUGUUCAGAAACAGUAGCUGGAAUAGUGUUUCAGUCAAUCAGGGUUUAUAAAAUCAUAAAUCUGAGAUAAGUAGAGGAUUUUUGAGCUUGAAAUCAUGUAAUGUCGCUAUAAUGUAGGUGUUUUAAACAGUAAACUCCAAUAAAAGCCAUUUUUUCUUCUUCCCUUUAGGAGGAUGGCAACUUUGUCGUCUACGGCUGGUCCCCUGCAUGGUCCUCAGACACUGCAGGGUGCGAUGCUGUCCGCCUGUGCAUGCAGGAAGACUGCAACCUAGUCAUGUACAACAAGUGCGACGAACCAAAGUGGCACACCAACUCUUACAAGUCCAAAAGCAACAUGUGUCGUCUCCACCUGACCGACGACGGGAAACUGCUGGUGAACAAAGAAUGUGAGGAAAUCUGGAACUCCGCCAAGUCCAAAGGCAUGAAGUGAUUCAUUUGAAAUUUCGUUGACAUGUCAGUUUGGGAUGAUAAAACUGGUGUUGUGUAAUCUGGGGCCAAAUAAAAAUGUUUUUACCAUCGAUAUAUGGGUUUUUUCCUUCUCUGAAUUGUGUGCUUGAGACUGAAGUCGGUGUCAGGGUGUUGGAGGAGAGUGAAAGGAGGUGUGCACAGUUUUUUAUUUUCCCCCUAAUAUUUCUGAUUGACAGGGAAACUUUGUGGGGAUAUAAACUGUACAACAUCACAAAAAAGAGAAAAUAAUAAAAUAAAAUAAAAUAAAUCACAGAUUGGCAGGUUUUGUGCCAACUUAUGUAAUAAUAGUAAUAAAAAAAAAAAUCCAAUGUAAAAAAAACAGAGCUUGCAUCUGCAAAGCUUAAAGAUUUUUAGCACACCCUAGAGGCUGGGUGAGGUAUUUCAGACGAAUGAAAGAAACUUAAAUAUCCCAUAAAAUAUCUUUGUGUGUGUGUGUGUGUGUGUGUGUGUGUGUGUGUGUGUCCUUUUCUAAAUUUUACUCUAGUUAAUAAAUACAACACAAAAGCACCCCAGUUUAGUUAUAAUACAGCAGAAUGGCAUCUAACCGAGUGAUAUGAACACAUGAUUUUUUACACUAAUGCAGGAUCAGCCCACAAACAGCUACUUUACAGAGUCCUGCUCACACAGCUUAUUUAAGAAAGGCUAAUUAUGAGACAUUUUCUAGUAAUAUCAUUCAUUUAUAACGAUGGAAAGUUAAUAAGAAGAAACCUUCUGCC